AUGGGCUGUGGCUGUUGUUCACAUGCAUCAACUGAAAAAGAUACUUUACGUGUAACAAUUGUUGGUUUGGAAAAUUCCGGUAAAACGUCGCUUGUUCAAUGUUUGAAAACUUCGAAAAAGUCACGCCAAACAUCUCUGUGUGUUUCAACUCAUGGUGUUAUAUCGAUUAAUAUUCAAACGAAUAUGAAUUUCCUUGUUUUUGAUUGUGGUGGAUGUAAACAUCAACGACAUAUUUGGCCUCAUAUAAUGAAUAGUCCCGACGUGAUUUUAUUUGCUGUUGAUAGUAUGGAUUUAACGUGUUUAAAUGAUGCGAGAGAAGCGUUGAGUGAUUUACUUGUGGAUGAGAAUUUAAUCAACAAACCUUUACUUGUCAUUUUCACGAAAUCAGACAGAGAAAAUAAGCUUUCGAUUGAUCAACUUGAACAAACAUUGGAUCUGUCAGUAAUAAAAGUAACUAUCAAAGAAGAAAGUCUUUUAAUCAUUUGA